AUGGACGCCGCCACUAAGGAUGACGAACCCGAAGACGACGGACCCAACCCUGACGACUUCCGUCGCUCUCGCACGUUUACAUCCUCCAUUCUUUCCCGAAUCACCGCGUCAACACCUGGGAGGGGCGAUUCGAGCAGAGCGACUCCGCGAGGAGCCAGCGACGGUAAGUCGGCGUCGAGCGGCGGCAGCUCCAAGGACGGCCCGAGGCCGCCCAAAUGGCUCAACUUCCGGGGCUCCGCGAGCAAGGGGGCUUCCGACGACAGCAGCAAGGGUGCAGCUACUCCAAGUGCGAAUCGAACCGCAGCCACGAGAUCUCCAGACGCCAAUUGGUCCGACAAGCAGUCGCCUCCUCUGGCAGACACGUCAGCAGCUGACGAGCCGUCAAUGGACGAUCUUCGUCGAUCCGUUACCGUGUCCGCCGUUGAUAGAAGCUCGUUGCGCCGGCAGCACAAGGAGAUGGGCACCCUCCGCGCGACUGCCGAGGUUGCGAACAAGAAGGCGAGCGCGCAUAGCGGCAGGACCAUCGCCUCCACCGGCGCCGGAAGCGGAUUGGAUGCACCGGGUGCUCAAAUCAACCCGGGAAACGCGGGCGGACUUGCACGGACGCGAUCCGGCGGAAGUGCGACAUCGGUGGUGUCGCGACCUCCCGCCCCCGUGUCGGCCGCUAAAGUCGCCUUCUUCUCCUUUGAUAAACACCGCGAGGCCGUCGCGGGCGCGGAACAGGCGGAGCAGCUGACGCUUUCCGCCGAUGAGCAGAAGGCGCGCGGACAAUCGGGGGAAGCUGUCGGGCGGAGAGGCUACGGGCGGCGGGCGCAGAGCAUUGGCGGAACGGCGGGGGAGCUGCGCGGAAGAGGGGGCAUUCCUGAUGGCGGAAGGGGCGCAUUGGGAGGCCCAGUGCGGGCCAGCUUGGGAAGGAGUCGCAGUGUGGGCAACGCACAGAGCGACGCGGGUAGCCAUGGCCUCUCGCCGCUGCACCCGUCCGCCUCCCGCCUCUCCGCCCAUUCCGACCGCCCCGCCUCCCCCCAGCUCAUGCGCCGCCCCCGCGGCCACUCCGCAUCGAUGCUGCCCCCCACAGUGCGCACCUCCACCCCUCCCCGCGCGCCCGACCCUGGCGACCGCCCAGGCUCGUCCCUUUCCGAACGAGGGAGUGGUCCGACUGGGAGGCGCAAGAGCGGUGUAUCCAGGAGAAAGGACGGGGGGGGGUCAAUAGGAGGCUCGGAACGAACGGGGUCGCCCCUUUCGCGAGGAGCUUAUAGCGGGUACGCAAGCGAGGAUGCGCCAGGGAGUGUUGGAAACGCGGGGCUCGUGGGUGGUAACGGGGAAGGCGAAUACGAGCAGUACCAGCAGCGGGGGAGCAGAGGGCGCGGGAUGGGCGCAAGGGGAGGGGCGCAAGGGGGAAGGCAUGGGCGGCAGAAAUCAAGCAGCAGCAGCGGAGGGGGUGAGGGGGAGGGCGUGCGAGGGGGGAUGAGCGGAGGUGGGCGUGUAGAGGGGGGAGCGAGUGCGGGGAGAAUGGGGAGGGGAAGCGUGGCAGUGAGGGGAGUUGCGGGUGGGGGGGUGGCUGCGAGUGGCGGGAGAGGAGGGGCGGGCGGGCAUGUGUACGGGUAUGGCAGAGGAGCUGGGGCAAUCGAAGGGGGGGAGGAUGAGGGGUAUGGGGAGGGGGGGGUGUGGGAGGAGGAAUUCGAUAGCGGGGAGGGGGUGGGGGGGCUGGUGGGAGCUGAGGAGCAUCAGCAGCAGCAGUGGCAGGGGCAGGGGCAGCAGCAGUGGCAGGGGCAGCACAUGCACGCGCAGCAAGGGCAUGCGGAUGGGUAUUCAAGUGGAUACGUGCAUGAUGGCGGGAGGUACUCGGGCGAGCAAGGCGAGGAGCAGCAGCAGGGAGGCGAUGAUUGGUAUGAGGGAGGGGGAGGGGGGGGUCCUGGGUCGUACGAGCAGCAAGGGGCGUACGAGGGCGCGUACGAGGAGGGUGUGUAUGGGGGCGAAGAGGGGUAUGACGAGCAGGCUGGGGGCACGCAGGGCUACGGCAGGCAGGCGGGGUAUGAAGGCGGGUACGGCGAGGCAGGGUACAGUGAGGCAGGGCGCGCGGGGCAGGGGUAUGGGCGGCACACAAAGCGGGGCGGAGGGGGCAAUGAGUAUGGCGGGGCGGGGUAUGGAGAGCAGGGCCAGGGGUAUCACGAGACAGAGUAUAACGAGCAGGGGUAUAACGAGGAAGUGUAUAAUGAGCAGGCAUAUAACGAGCAGGGGUAUAACGGGCAGGGAUAUGGCGAGCAGGGAUAUAAUGAGCAGGGUUAUAAUCAGCAGGGAUAUAAUGAGCAGCAUUAUAAUGAGGAAGCGUACAACGAGCAAGGGUAUGUGGAAGAAGGGUUUGGAGAGCAAGGGUACGAGCAAGGAUACGGGGAGCAGGGAUAUGGGGAGCAGGGGCAGGAGGGGCAGGGGUACGAGGAGGAAGGGUACUAUGAGGAGCAGGGCAGCGGUGGGAGUGGGGGGUACAGCGAAGGCCGAGGUGGGCAGUACCCGGUGCAGGUGCAACCUGGGCGCCAGCAGUACCAGCAGCAGCGCCAGCAGCCGCUGCAGCAGCAAGAAUACUCCCAGCAGCAGCAGCAGCAGCAGCAGCAGCAGCAGCAGGGUGGUGGGAGGUCGUCAAGAAAGGGGUCAGUGGGAGCAGCAGGUGCAGGGGGGGCAGGCGGAGGAGCAGACAUGGGCGGCGGAGGCAUGGCAGGCGCCUGUGCGCCACGAGGCAGGGCGUCCAAGCAGCAGCCCCCGCACUCGCAGCAGCAGCAAGCCAACCGGCGCCCGCCAAGUGGAGGGGCCAAGGGUGCUGCUGUGUCUCGCAGCCGUGGAGGCGCAGGUGGUGGGGGAGGGUACUGA